AUGCUUCUGAACAGCCUUCUCGCCCCAACCGCCAUCGAGCGUGACGCCCACGCGCGGUCGUCGGAGAUGCCAUCGACCGUAUACUCUUCUCACUGCGCCUCUCCCACCUCAACCUGGGCGUCUUGCCCUACUCUUCUGUCCGCUAGCUCGGCGGCGCCCUCCCCGUUGUCUCACACCUCCGACACCGACACCCCCGUCUCAGAUAAUCCCUCUGAUCUAAUAAGCUUGCGUUCAAACACCACAUCCACGUCGUCUCCUUCCCCUCCCGUUUCUUGUUCUUCUCAGAAAUCGAAGCUCGGGCUUCCCAACUCGUCAAAGAGCUAUGCGACCCGUGCGGCCAAGCGCGCCUCUGCAGCUCGAGUGGAUUCCAGGCUCACAUUGGGAUCGACGGGUAGGGAGCAGCAAAGACCAAAUCCUAACGCAUAUAGUGACAAUGCGAACGAGUACGAGGUCCAGCGGGUCGCAUAUGCGGCAGGCGUACCUCGCGAAAUGCUCAGUGUCUUCCGCGCGGACCCCUUCGAAACAAAGCUCUGUGUUUUCGGCCCCGACGCGGUGUUUGAAACUGCAGAUGACCAGACUACAGGCGACGAGGUCGUCGUUGCCUUGCGCAGGAAACGUGUACGCUCGUCCCCUCGUGCGAGCACUCAAGCUCAGCGCAAGCGUCGCGCCGUUCAGGUAUACCAGCAACAGCUUUUGAGCUCGGCAUUUCUCUCGACGCAACCGAUGGUGCACUUCCAGCACGAGCUCAAGCUAGACUUGGACGACGUGCCGGGGCUGUUCCCAUUCGCUUCUGAUAACAAGGUAUGCCCAGCCCGAGCGGAGCAAAAGGACAAGCAAUGUGAGGAUGAGAAUGCCGGUAGACGCAAUCGGCGUGGCCAAGGGAACAGACGGGCUCCGCCACCGCUCUUUACGCCUGUCCAUCAGUUCCUGCGGCACACACCCAAAUCUCAGGGCGAUCACGCGGUACAGGCUACUGGUCACUCACAGGAGGAGAUAGUCCCACCGACUGAUGUAGACCAUCAAUAUAAUCCCCCACAAAUCCCCAUAACACACUCCGAGGACCACGUCUUCUCCGCACAUACCCUAUAUGCGCCACCCUUCAAUCUCUCCGAACUUCCUUAUCUCCCGCCCUCGAGGUUCGACUCACCGCUGAGCGUCUGGACGCACACUGCACCAUCUUCUCCGUCGUCGAUUGCUCGCUUACAGAAUAACAGUUUCAGCAGUAUCAGCAGCAUGGAUAGUGCCCCUUGUGCUACUCCGCUUGGCGCGUCCUACAAUCCGAGCGUUGUCGAGAACGUUGCUCGGCCCUUCUAUGCGCCGAUGUUCGCUUCCGAGUUGGGGCAAGAUUAUCUGUGCUCUGGCCUCCAUGCGCGUUCCUUCGGUGGAUUGGUAGAUAACUUCGCUGCCCCGUAUUUGCUGCAUCAGGGCGGUGACUCGGCGCCAACCUACGAGCCUGCAAUAUACGCACCUACCCCCCGACCCGCACUGACUAGCUUCAUCGCGCAUUAUACCGCAAUGCAGGCUCCUGAUAUUCAGGCUCCCCAUGUUCCUGGCCUCAGCAACGUAUCCCUUCCCAUAGGGCUUGUUGAAGUCUCUGGCGCCUCCGGUCAUUCACCCUCUACCUGCGCGCGCCCAAGAGAGCAAGAUUCGAUGCCAAAGCUUGAGCCGCAGAGUCCGGGCUCCAUCGGAUCGCCGACGCGAGAGCCACUUCAUCCGUGCUCUUUGUGCCCUCGCAAAUUUAACCACGCCCAGGGGCUCUCGCUACAUAUAAAGUCCCAUGGACAUCACGGAGAAGCGGGAGAGCGAAGGGAUGAGAUGGAAGAGAGUGUAGACUCGGCCAAUCAAUUGAGAAGGGCGGAGAUGAGGAAUAUGGAACAGAGGAGGCCACCUUUUGGACUCGAGGACGUGAGUGCAUGGAUUAUGAAUGCUGGUCGCAGUACGGAAGUUGAGGAACGUCUCCAGGGCGACUGGAACGCUCAAAGUCAAGGGGACUCGAAUCGCAAGCCACUUGCACCGAUGUCCAACAUGCGGACAGGCUUGGAGCAAGAUUCGCAUGAGGGCGGAUCGGGACUUAAUUUCGCGCAAUUCGAAGGAGCUGCGGAUCGGCGGCUUGGAGAGCGGUCUGUGGGAUGUGCGGGACCAUUGUCGCACUCGCUCUAUCAUGACCCGGCUCAUCACGGCUAUCAUGUACUAGAUGGUCCCGAUGGUGGGAACGGAUAUUAUGGACAGUCUGCACAAGCACAGAACAUAUCAGGUCACAUGGAAGGCUUCUUCGAUCCUCAGUCACAGGCAUCCGCCCUCUUUCCCACUGCAGAGCCAGCCAUGAGUUGUGACAACGAAGAGCCCACAGCGUUGCCUGGGUGUUCUCUAUUCCUUGCACCCCUGGACGCACUAGGGGGACUCGAGACAUUGCCGUUUGUUCAAAGCCCCGGUUGGAUGCACAUGAUGAUUGUGCAUUUGUAUAUCAUCCAAUUUUGUCGCAUCAUCCCUGUACAAGCCUUCGGAUAUAGCGAACGCAUGAUCAACAUACAACGAGUUGUUUGA